AUGGACUUGGGCUGCAGCAGCUCCCACACUAUGAGCUCUUAUUGCUCACGUUGUGAGCUCAGUCCCGGACAAAGGUCUUCAUGCAACCCAUCUCACGUCGUGAGCCUUUAUGUUUCACGUCCUAAAAUCCUUUGGGGUGUGUGCUGUAAAGAGGUAGUGAUAGUUGGAUUGUGGGAGGGUGGGGGUUACAAAGGAGAUGAAGAAGAUGGGUGGAGGGUGGAAUCUUUUUAUUUUUAUAUUAAAGUCAUUCCUUGGUCGAUUAGAGAACCUGGAUUGGUAACGGCCUAUCGCUCCCCUUGUGGCCGCCGCCGAAAACACAGACGGACGCCGAUUAACUUCGACAAGCAAAGCAUGUCUAAAUCAACAGUGAGGUCACUCCAAACGAUGAAAUCUCUAAAUCGUAUCUAUAAGGUAUGCAAUGGUACAAAUACUUCACGCAGUUAUUGCAUAGAUAGUUCCUUCAAAGCCCUUCCUUUUGCUAAAAAAAAUUGCACGCUCAAUUCUGAUACCAUCGAUGAGAUCUUUGAUCCCCAAAACCCUAAUCAGUUCCCACGCACUGGGAGUGGACAGGACUGGUCUUCUAGAGAAAGUCAUAUUGAAUAUAGCCAACACCCUAAUGGAUUUUAUAGAGAAACUUCCAUGGGUUUUCAUAGAAGUUUAAGUGGGUGUGGGGCUUAUGGGCAGAGCUAUUACAUGGGUGAUCAUGGUUUACAUUGUCACAACCAAUAUAACGUCAAUGGGUCUUAUACUGCAGCAAAUUUUCAAAUCUCAAAUAGGUGUUAUAGUGGCAUGGACAAGAAGUUAGAGGAAGCUGUUGAGGUUUUAGGUUUACUUGAGCUGAAGAAAGUAACAGUUGAAAUGCCUAGAUAUCUAUUCUUGAUGAAAGCAUGCGGAGAAUCUCAGGCACUUAAAGAAGCUAAAGAUGUCCAUAACCACCUCACAAGGUCAGGUCAUUAUUUUGAUGUUCACAUUUGCAACCAAAUCUUGGAGAUGUAUUCGAAAUGUGGUUCCAUGGAAGGCGCAUAUAAAGUGUUUGAUAAAAUGCCCAAAAGAAAUCUUACUUCUUGGGACACCAUGAUAACAGGGUUUGCUAAAAACAGCCAUGGAGAAGACGCAAUCAAAAUGUUCUCCGAAUUCAAAAAGAUCGGAUUAAAACCUGAUAAUCAGAUGUUUCAUGGUGUUUUUGUUGCAUGUAGUGUCUUAGGAGACAUGAAACAAGGGUUAUUGCAGUUGGAGUCAAUGAUCAAGACUUACAAUCUUGCCCCAUCCAUGGAUGAUUAUUUCCCUGUAAUUGAUAUGCUCGGGAGUUCAGGCUACUUGAAUGAAGCAUUAGAAUUUGUAGAAAAGAUGCCCAUGAAGCCAAGUGUAGAAAUUUGGAAAAUUAUGAUGAAUCAAUCUAGGGUUCACGGUGAUUUAGAACUCGAAGACCAUUGUGCUGAGAUUGUUAACCUACUAGACCCUUCUUGUUUAGAUAAACAACUAGAGAAAGCCUUCAUACCAAUAAAGCCUGCAAAUAUUGCAAAACAAAAAGAAAAAGGAAAAAAUAAAUCAUCAACGUUGAAUCUCCUAAAAAUUAAAACCGAAACAUUUUCGUUUAGGGCCUGGGAUACAUCUCCCCCUGAUCAUGAGAAGUUAUACAGUCAACUUAGGUGUCUAAAACAACACAUGGUAGAAGUCGGAUAUGUGGCCCGGACUAGAUUGGUACUCCAUGAUGUGGAUCAUGAAAGUAGAGAAGAAUAUCUUUUAUCACAUAGUCGCAUGCUUGCUUUAUCCGAAGCACUUUUGAUUAGUCCGGCCCGGGCACCAAUAAGAAUAAUAAACAAUCAUCGUAUUUGUGCUAAUUGCCAUGAUGCGUUCAAGAUUAUUUCAAAGCUGGUUGGAAGAUCAAUCGUUGCACGUGAUGAAAGGAGGUUCCAUCAUUUUUAA